UAUCAAUCGAUCAGAGAGAGGAAGAUGGUGGUGGAUGGAGUUAGCGGAGCAAGAUCGAUCACCGAAAAACUCGAUUGGGUCUGUUUAUCUCAAGUGAGUCAAACACUCCGGAACACCGCCUGGUCCGGCGGUUUGAAGCCGGAGUGAAGAAGCGAUAACAGGAAGCGGUCCACAACAGAACCUGUGCCUGCCUGCCAGCCUCUUCCACCAUCCUCAAGCCUUCAGGACAAUGGAGUUCCCAUGGCACAGUGGGAAGGUCCUGGAACAGCUCAACCGCCAGCGCAAGCAGGGCCUGCUGUGUGACUGCACCUUUGUUGUGGACGGGGUGGACUUCAAGGCCCACAAAGCUGUCCUUGCGGCCUGCAGCGUCUACUUCCGCACUCUCUUCCUGGACCAGAAAGAUGUGGUGCAUCUGGACAUCAGCAAUGCAGCAGGUUUGGGUCAGGUCCUAGAGUUUAUGUACACCGCCAAGCUGAGUUUAAGUCCACAGAAUGUAGAAGAUGUGCUUGCUGUUGCUAACUUUCUACAGAUGCAAGAAAUUGUAAAUGCCUGCUCUGCGUACCAGUCAAUAGCAAACCCAGCUCCGUCCCUCAUAACACUGGAUUUUGCUGUUGAAGAAAAAACAGGUGGAGUAGAGCAGAGAGAGGAACCGGAGAGUGACCUGGCAGAAGUGGCAACACAAGCCGAGGAAAGUCCUCCUAGCACCCCCAUAGAAGACAAAGAGCCCACACAAAAUCAGGAAGACUUAAAGGAAGACAUCUCUACUGAAACAAAACAGCCUGUUUCUCAGCCCAGCCCUGCCAGAACCCACUCAGGCCGAGGACGACCCCCCAAAACCACCCCUGUUUCUGCUCAAAAGAAGACAUCUGUAAAAAAGGAAGAAGAAAGUGUUGGAUUUCAGGACGAUCCCUCUGACACUGACUACACGCCCAAAUUCCAGUUGAAAUCUGCUGGCCGCUCAUCCUACAUGAGCUCUCGGGGGAGAAGAAUCAGGAAACCUCCUCGACGAAACUUCCCACCUGACAAUGACUCAGAGGAUGAAGGCACAUCAAGGACAAAAACUGGGAAGAAGUUGGCAGAGCCGGCAGAAGUGGCCGGAGAACAGGAGGACGACCCAGAGGAGACCGGCGAUGGGGAAACUGCUGAUGAUGAUGAAGAGGAGGCUGGUGAGGAAGACGGCGAGCUAGUGGAUGGAGUUGAUUCGAGCAGCGAGGGAGAGGGCAGGCAAACUCAGUCCGCAUCUAUGAGCAGCCGAUCCGAGUCGAAGCCUUACAGCUCCGUCACACACGAAUGUGAGGACUGUGGGAAGAAAUUUACCCACACUGGUAAUUUCAAGAGACACAUGCGUAUUCACACAGGAGAGAAGCCUUUCAGCUGUCGGGACUGCAACAAGGCUUUCUCUGACCCGGCAGCCUGUAAAGCCCACGAGAAAACCCACAGCCCUCUGAAGCCAUACUGCUGCAUGACCUGUGGAAAGAGCUACCGCCAGAUCAGCCUGCUCAACCUGCACCGCAAACGCCACACAGGCGAGGCGCGGUACAGCUGCGAAGUGUGCGGCAAGCUCUUCACCACAUCUGGCAACCUGAAGCGCCACCAGCUGGUGCACAGCGGCGAGAAGCCAUACCACUGUGACUUCUGUGAGAAGGCCUUCUCUGACCCCACCGCCAAGAUGCGACAUCUGGAGACGCACGACACGGAGAAGGGCAACAAGUGUCCACACUGCGACAAACGCUUUAACCAGGUGGGAAAUCUUAAGGCUCACUUAAAAAUCCACAUCACUGACGGACCUCUGAAGUGCAAGGAGUGUGGCAAACAGUUUACUACUUCAGGUAAUCUAAAGAGACACCUGCGGGUUCACAGUGGGGAGAAACCAUACAUCUGUAUGCACUGCCAGAGAGCUUUCAGUGACCCUGGAGCUCUGCAGCGGCACGAACGCAUUCACACAGGAGAGAAGCCCUGUGUCUGUCUUAUCUGCGGGAAAGCCUUUACCCAGGCCAGCUCACUCAUCGCUCACGUCCGGCAGCACACUGGAGAAAAGCCUUACGUGUGUGAUCGCUGUGGCAAAAGGUUUGUGCAGUCGAGUCAACUGGCCAAUCACAUUCGGCAUCAUGACAAUGUCCGGCCACACAAGUGUCAGAUGUGCAACAAGGCAUUUGUUAAUGUAGGAGACCUGUCGAAGCACAUUAUCAUUCACACAGGGGAGAAACCUUUCCUGUGCGAUAAAUGCGGCCGUGGGUUCAACCGGGUGGAUAAUCUGCGCUCCCACGUCAAGACCGUCCACCACGGCAAGGCCGGCAUGAAGCGACUGGUGGUAGCCGGUGGCAACACAGAUGAUGGGGCUGAUGGGUGCACAGGGGCAUCCACAUCCGACAGCGAGAUCAACAUAGUUACCGUCACCACAGAGGACAUCGUCACCCUGGCAACUGAGGCCCUGGCAGCCAGCGCUGUAGCUCAGCUGACAGUUGUUCCAGUGGCUGCAGAUGAGACGGAGGCUUUGAAAGCUGAAAUCACCAAAGCAGUAGAGAAAGUGCAAGAAGCAGACCCCAACACGCAGAUCUUGUACGCUUGUGACUCGUGUGGUGAUAAAUUCUUGGACGCCAGCUCCCUAGCCCAGCACGUACGCAUACACACAGCUCAGGCCUUGGUCAUGUUUCAGGCAGAUUCUGACUUCUACCAGUACACCACAGCCACCGCCACUGAGGGAGAUUCUGCCACAACAUGGCAACCCACAGCCGAACAGGUCAUCCAGGAAGGAGAGCUGAUCUUCCGUGCCCAGGAUGAAGAGGGAGAGGCAGAGGGAGGAAUGGUGGAGGAGACACAAGAACAGGAAGAAGGGUCAGGAGGGGUGAUUCAUGAGGAAGGGAGGGAGGAUGGAGAGGUGGAAACAAAUGCAGAGGGGAAAGAUGAAGCUGCAGCAGAGGUACAAGAGGAAAAAGAAGAGGAGAUGGAAUGUGAGACUCAGGCGUAGUGGGGCACAUUUGUGUGUGAAAUACUGCUUGUAACAGAAAUCUAAUUUAUACAGGAGAAGAAACUACAAAAAAUUAAGUGAGUCGAUGAAGCCUCAGAGUUUCACAUGUCAUGAUGUUAACUGGAUUCAUAACAUACAAGACUUUUUAAACAGCUUUAUAUUAGGAUCUAUGGUCAGAAAUCGUGUUUUUGCCAGCCCUAAUUCCAGAAAGCGAGGUGAUAUCCAGGGAUUUGGUAAAUAUUGUUGAGAAUUCUUUCAGAUGGUUAUACUACUUUGUAUAGUUUGAUUAUUUUUAGACUGAAAUGCAGGAAUAUGCAUUGUCCUUUGUAUAAAACAUGUAGAUCACGAUUCUGUCUUACCUAAUAUAGCUUCGUGUUAUUUUUCCAUUUCACUCUGAUGAGAUAUGUACAUUUUCCUUAAAUAGUCAAAAUAUUUUAUUGUACUUAGUUGAAGUAUUUUCAUGAAAAGCACAUUAUACAGAGAUUAUCCACAUGAACUUGUGGGGGUAUUAAAGAUUUAAUAGGGGUAAUUAUCACCUCCUUUUUACAGAAGUGGGAUGUCAUGCAUUCAUGUAGUGGCAAACAUUGUAAAUGCUGUGCAUGUAUAUUUGUAUAUAUUGUUUAUGUGUCCUCUAAAAAGUCUUAAUACCUCUGAUAAAAGAUAAAAAUAAAUAUGUGUGGUGAUGACAAAGUGGUGAACAAUUCUCAGUUUCACACUGAUGACAAGACAGCUUGGUACACACCUGGUAUUGCAGUAAACUGGUCAUAUUGGUCACUUUACCUGUCACCAACGGUAUUAUGUCAUUAUUUUGUCUGUUGAUGAACACCGUACAAGAUGCCCUAUUAAAUAUCAGUAACAUUGCUUAACCUCUUUGGAAGUCACCAUCUAAUCAAUAAAGAUACAUCACACAGUCUGA